CCUCAAAACCAAACCAGAACAAACCAAAUUUCAUCCCAAACUACACACACAAAAAAAAAAUGGGUCAAGAAAUCAACCCCCAAACCAACGGCUUCCACCAGCACCUCAACGGCGGCGGCGCCCCGCCCCUCCCCGACCUCCUCGUCCUCCGCCCCGGCCUCCUCUUCAAAGUGUUCGAGCACGAAUUUCUAGCCAAAUUCAACGUCCUCAAAGCCUUCGAAUCCCCUCUCCCCCUCGACAAGUACCUCCUCGCCCACGCCCAGUCGGCCCGCGCCAUCCUCUGCGAGGCCAUCGUCACCCGCAUCACCGCCGACCUCCUCCUCCAGCUCCCCGCCCUCGAGCUCGUCGUCGCCGACGGCACCGGCGUCAACCACAUCGACCUCGCCGCCUGCCGCCGCCGCGGCAUCGCCGUCGCCAACACCGGCGACGUCUUCUCCGAGGACACCGCCGACUACGGCGUCGGCCUCCUCAUCGCCGUCCUGCGCCGCCUCAGCCGCGCUGACGCCUUCGUCCGCCGCGGCUCCUGGCCGGCCACCGGCGAGUUCCCCCUCGGCCUCAAGCUACGAGGCAAGAGGGUUGGAAUAGUAGGUUUGGGCAACAUUGGCACCAAGCUAGCCAAAAGGCUCGAGGCAUUCGGAUGCAAAGUCUCGUACAAUUCGAGGACCAAGAAACAAUCGGCGCGAUACGACUUCCACCCCACGGUCGUGGACCUCGCAUCACACUCGGACGUCUUAAUAGUAUGUUGCUCGUUGACCGAAAAGACGCGGCAUCUGAUAAACGACGACGUUCUGAAUGCCCUAGGAAAGAGCGGUAUAUUAGUCAACAUAGGCCGGGGGCCGAUUGUCCACGAGAAGACACUGGUGAGCUACUUGGUCGAGGGGAAGAUUGCAGGCGCUGCGAUGGAUGUGUAUGAGAACGAGCCAAAUGUCCCGUCCAAGUUAUUCGGACUGGACAACGUAGUGUUGUCGCCUCAUCGCGGCGCCUUCACCGAGGAAGCCUUCGGUGACGCAUUGAAGAUUGUGAUGGGAAAUUUAGACGCAUUUUUCUCGAAUAGCCCUUUGCUCACUCCCGUGAGUACUAAUAAUGAAUGAUUCGUUUUUUUAAAAAAAAUAAAUUAUGAAGCUUGUAUUUAAUUUUUGGCAAACAAGAAAUAUUAAUUCAAGAGGGUAACACAUGGUGUUUGCAUAGGUUUUGGGAAAAUAAUUGGGGUGGGAGUUUUAUUGGACUUGGAAAGAAAGUGUAAUGAAUAUUGUAAUUGACGAAAUGUCUCUAGUUUUUGUAUGAAAUUUAUUUUUUUUAUCAA